GUGUGUUCGAGUGCUCUCACGGACGUCAUUCAUGCCGUAAUCAACGGGACUGAUGGUUGCCUUUUUUGCUUCGGACAUGCUGGUUUGGGUAAGUGAUCCAACAGAAGAGACGAGAUGGAUCCAUACAAUUUUCCAUUCUUUCGAAAAUUUCAUUUCAGAAAACCUGAUCUGAACUACUCAUAAUAUUAAGAGGGAAGACUUCUUUGUCUUUUGUCUAGACUCAGUAACUAUUCAACCGGUUUCUAAAGUUCAAUUGCCUAUAGAAUCUACAUUAUUGGUGAAUGAUAUAAUAUAAUAAAGUAUAAAUAGUAUAAAAAUUUUCCCUAUGAAAAUAAAUAUUCAGUAUUCGAUAGUAUUUAAAUUAAUCGUAUCAUAAACGAGGAAUGAUUGUCUGAACCUCUGAAGGCAACCGGAAAAAUUAUCUAACUUACAAAUAACAAAGCCGGUUUUCGAGGAUUACCUGCAAAUUUUCUAAUAAAAUUGUCUUUAUACUGAUAAUCUGAAUUUAACGACAUCAGCAAAAAGUCUUCCAAGUUCAGGAAAGAUUCGAAAAUGUCGGUAAUCCCUCCGAAGCUUCGAGAGAGAUAUCUCUCUUUAUAGGCGAAGUAUUUAUUCGAAAGUGGGAUUAGAGAGCUUAUCGACCCCUAAAAAUGCCUGAAUCCGAUACAGUGUUUUGUAUGCAUACGCUGCCUUUAUAUAGAAAGUCCCAUCAAAUUGCAAAUUUUCCACGUGCACGACGAACUAUAGCUUGUUGGAUAUGCAUCGAUAUUUUCAAUGCAUCAAUCUCAUGCGUUAGUUGGGCCUGAAAAAUGAAUUAUGGUUUUAUUGUUGUUCCAUUUCGGGAAAUCGUAUACCAUGCUGGGGACACCAGACAAUGCGAAUACUUUGGGAAUAAUACCAUGUGCAAUAGCUUGGCUGUUCAAAGGUAUAAAUGAACAAAAACAGAAGACUGGUGCUAGAUUCUCCGUAAGAGUGUCAGCAGUUGAAAUAUGCGGUCCAACCAAUCAACUUAGGGAUCUUUUGGCCGGAUAUUCUAAUGAUUCUGAGCAGUCUCCAGGUGUUUACCUAAGGGAUGAUCCCUUAUUUGGCAAUCAGCCCCCACACUGCGAACUUCGAGUGCCCACCGUUGAAAAAGCAGCCCAUUACCUCGAUGCGGCUGUCGAAUGCAGGUCCCUUUCGAGAGAGGAUACAAGAGAUUCACAUCUACUUUUCACACUGCAUGUUUAUCAAUACAGUGUCGCCGGCAAGGGUGGAGUGGCCGGCGGAAGAAGUCGUCUCCACCUCAUAGAUCUUGGUAAUUCUGAUCGCGGAAAAUCUAGCGGAGGAAUUCCCCUUUCCGGUGUUGGAAACAUCAUUCUAGCUAUUUUUAACGGCCAGAAACAUCUUCCCUACAAAGAGCAUAAACUCACUCAUCUACUCAAAGACUGUCUGAGUUCCCUCACUUGUCACGCUGCCAUGAUAGCUCAUGUAUCACCAUUUGCACAAAAUUACUCUGACACUCUGACCACCGUACAACUAGCUUCUAGAAUACAUCGGAUGAGAAGGAGGAGAAUCAAGUUCGUUUCUUCGGCUUGCGGGAAUGGUUCUGGAGGGAGCUCUGGAGAGGACGCCAUGAAAACAACUGGUACAAGUAGUGAACCAGAUCCCUCGAGUAGCGAUUUAUCUGCAGAUACCGUUAUUUAUGUUGGUCCGGCUGAUGAUGCAACGGAUGGAGAACAUCCUCCUGUAUACCUCCCCAGCUUGAACUCUGGAGACAAUCGUUGUUUAAUGACCAAAGCCCUCAGAGGUUCUAUUGCUGAGCAGAAACCACUGCAGUCGCCAAAACAGCAGAAGCUGGAAGAUAAACCGACUGCACAUCGAACUAUGAGAACCUGUCACAGUAAUAAAACAUCUCCCUCUCAUACGAAUUCACCCAAAGCUUCACCUAGUAGAAUACCAUCUCUGAAGUCAAGAAUAGACAACAGUAAGCAAUCUACUGCUGGUUGCAGUGAUGAACAAUGGAUCGAUGGUCCUCGAGUAUCCAAGUCGAAAAUUGCUGAAGCUUUACAUUUAAUGAAAGAAGCUUGUCAUGUCAAGAAGUGUGAAACUUGGAUAGAUGGCCCGAUGCAAGAUGAAGCCCCUAUAGCCUACGGCUAUAUGGAUAGUCACAAAAAAAAUAUGAUCAGACAGUGGGUUGAACAUCAGACAAUUCAAAUUCAGAAGACAAAACACCCUAGUCCCAAAAUAGCAGCAGUGAGGUCUUCUAAAGAUGCUACAAAGCAACUGACACAGUUCAAGUGUAGUGAGGAAGCAAAUGGUAAAGAAAACACUAGUAUCAAACAACGAGAAGAUACAUUUGUGAAUGACGGAGGAGCAAAAGAAGAAUAUUUGAAGGAAGAAGAUUUAGAAGACGAUGAGGAGCCAGAAAUUCCUCCUGCCCUUCCACUUAUUCAGCCUCUUAGUAGUAGGGAAGUGUCUCUGGAAAGCCUUGAUCAGUUACUCAAGGAAAGAAUGCUCUCUAAUGCCGAAUAUAACAACUUUCAGAAGAGUGCAUACGAUGAAGAACAUGACGAUGAUGAAGUAUUGGAAAUAAUUGAGGUGGAGGAGCCUCUUGAACCAGUUCCAACUCAAGAUUGUUGUUUGCAAGUUACUGAGGAGGACAUUGCACUUUGCAUGGGAUAUGUCGAAAAUCCAUUACCAGAAGUUGACCAAGAAAAUCCUUUGGAUCAUCCUUUGAGGAUCCUCAGCCAAGAAAAUCUUACAGUUGUAUCCACUUUCACAGAUUCCAUGUCAGUUUUCAACGACCUCGAACGAAUUCUGCCACGUUACCACCUUGAGCAGAACGGGUAUUACAAUAACGACUAUGAAGAUCCCGACAAUCCAUAUCCCAAGACUGCAAAUAUGAAUUCCUCUUCACAAAAAUUGAAUCAGUUGACGCGCUUACACGAAAUUUACUCAAAUAGAUUGGCUGAAGCUAACGUUUUCAAUUCGGAAAUGUAUCGAAGACAAAAUCAGGGCAAAGGGCUUCCUAGAUGCGAAUCCUUAACACUUACCGACAUGUUGCAUGGAAGACAGAAAGAAAGCAAAGACGACAGUAGCAUUUACAGUGAGCCCGCGUAUGUACAAGAGAAGUUUUGCGAAAACUGCAAAGUGAAUUUAUCGAGACCGACAUGUUCCGACACUUACUUUUUCAGUAGCACCCGAAACUUGACUGAGAAAACACCAUAUGUAAUCGGCAGCAGAUUCCAGAGAUACAGUCACAAGUACAGAGAUAACUUGGCUCAUUUGCGACAUCCAGACGGAGCUUCGAAUCCAAAUUUAGAUGAGGUUUUAAAAAGAGUUCCCGGUAACGGUGCUUGCUCUUCUGAAGUGGUUCCGGAGUCGGUAACUUCUCAGCCUCUACCUCCACCGACUAGUCUUCCAUCAGCUGAGAGGAUAAACCGAGCUAUUCUCAGUUUAGAAACUGGGGUAACGGCUGUCAAGCUCAGUCACAAAUCAGAAGGAUAUGACAGUGGGCAUGACUCAACUCCAAGAACGUCCAAGCAUAGCCCGGCGGCAAUUUCCAGAAGGGCUGAGAGCGGUUAUGAUAGUAUUGUUAGAGAUAGUGAGAGUUCCAGUAUUGAUUCUGAGCCUAGUAGAUUGUCGCACUGUCAAGGUAGAAGAGGUAAAUGUAAACACAAACAUGAUAAAUCCUUUUGUUCUUGGUUUUUGAAUCCUUUCACAUGUAAAUAUAUAGAUGAGCCUCCAGAAACACAUUUUUGAACACUUUUGAGAUUUUUUUUUCGAAUAUCAGACUAGCAACCACGAAACUCAAGAAACCACAGAUGAGAAUAUACUUGUGAUGCACUGUUUGGAACCUUUGGUGAAGUAAUAAAUAUUACUGGAGUUUUAUCCCAACACCAAACCGUUGGUGUUGGGAUAAAACUCCAGUAAUAUUCAGAUGAGAGUAUGUUAGAUGAGUUCCGUCCAUUAUCAGUUGAUGUGAUCUAAUGUGAACGAAAAGUGUUUACCUGUAAGACAUAAUAUUAGAUCACGAGUUCUGGGUGAUACUGAGAAAUCGUAGGAAAUAAUCAGUUUUUAAACUCUUCUGUGAGGUGCACAAGUUUUAUAUAUGCGCGGUAACGAUUCUUAGUUUUGAGUUGAAAAUAUUAAAUCAAGAGGGAAAGUCGUUAAAAACUUCAUUAUAUCACUUUAGAUCACAUUAAUUUAACCAUAAUGAAUAUUUUUCCAUGUAUCCUUUUUGAAAUAGUUCUUUGUCAACUGUGUUAAAAUUGAUUAUGUUUGAGGUGGAUCAAUUUUCCUUUGGUUUUCUCAUGAUUUUGAUACUAGUUUGAUGUUCGAAUCACUUGGUCAACCUGUCUAUGUUCUCCUUACAAUUCAUUUAUAUUCAUGUGGGCAACAUAAAUAAGUUCAUUUGAGAUUCAAGAGGCUGUCUGAUCAAAUUAUUUGCAAAUAUUCACUUUCUUCAUAAGAAUAGUUCAAUCGAGAGUGGGAUGAGAUAAAAGGACUGAGAUUA